CCGCUGCCACUCCUGGGGCUCUGCGCCAGGUCCUGGGCUGAGUGUGCUCCCUGCAUGAUUGCUUUCAAUUUCUGUAAACUUGUGAUGUGGGGAUUCUUAGCAGCAUCCCACAGAGUGGAAGCCAAGGUCCUGAGAGGCAAAGCCACUUGCCUAAGGUCCCUGGGCUUAUAUGAGCAGAGCCCUGGACUCCUCCCUGUACCAUGAGGCGCCUCCCACCUCUCCCCUCCUCACAAGCUUCCUACCAAGGACCCCAGAGGAUAUGGACACCCCUCAGUGGUGGCCGGUAGUCACUGUGCUCACGGCUGGGGCUCAUUUUGCGGCCCUGGUUGACCAAGAAGCUUCUCAUCUCAUCCAUUUUGGCCCCAAGGAAAGCAGCCCUGGGCCUGCCCUGCCACAAAUCUCUGUGAGCAACAUAGACUUUGCCUUCAACCUCCGCAGACAGUUGGCUUUGAACAACCGUGGAGGGAACAUUCUCUUCUCCUCGGCAAGCAUCUCCCUGGCCUUGGCCAUGCUUUCUCUCGGGGCCCCAGUGGCCAGCAGGACCCAGCUCCUGGAGGGUCUGGGGUUCAAUCUCACUGUGGUAUCUGAGGCAGAGAUCCAGGAGGGCUUCUGGGAUCUGCUGCUCAGGCUCCUGGGGCAGGGUCCCCAGCUCCUCCUGACCACGGCCCAGUGCGGGUUCAGUGGCCUGGGCUCAGGGACCAACCAGAGCCUAGAGGAGGCCCCAAAACACAUUGAUGAAUACAUAGAGAAGCAGACCCAGGGGAAGCUCGGGGCCUGGGAAAAGGACCUCGGCAGUGAAAUGGCAGCGGUUCCGGUGAAUCCCAUACUCCUCAGAGCUGAGUGGACAAAGCCCUUUGACUCAGCUGCCACCAGCCCAAAGGAGGUCUUCGUACACAAGCACAGGACUGUGUGGGUGUCCAUGAUGAAGGAGAAGGCCAGCCACCACUUCCUGCAUGACCCUGAGCUGUGGGGCUCUGUGCUGCAGAUGGACCAUGCUGGGAACACCACCACCUUCUUCAUCUUCCCCAAUAGGGGCAAGGUGAGGCAGCUGAAAGAUACUCUGCUGCCUGAAAUACUGGUUAAGUGGGACAGUCUGCUCAGGACCAGAGAACUCGAUUUCCACUUCCCCAAGUUUUCCAUUUCCAGAACCUACAGACUGGAGGUGGAGCGACAAGAGUGACUGUGGGUGGAGGCUUCCCCGGGCAGCUGGACUGAGCAUCUCUAAAGUCACUCAUAAGGCCAUGAUGACUUUGGAUAAGAAGGGCUCUGAAGCUGCUGCAGCCACCAGAGUCCAGCUCACCACAGGGCCUCGCCCAGACCUUGACCUCCCACCCUCUUCAGGCACUGAGUUCAAUCGGCCCUUCCUAAUGAUGACUUUCCACAUGGAAAUGGGAAGCAUGCUUUUUCUGGGGAAGAUUGUCAAGCCACUGGGAUAAUGCUCUUUCCGACAUGCUGGGCGACUCAAAGGGAAGAGAAUGGCCUACACAACAGGGAACUUCUAUUGCAGGCUCAAGUUUAAUGAGAAGUUACAUAUACCUGGGUUUUUUGCUUGGUUUUCACAGGAACCUAUGGGGAUGAGGAUAGUAACAUUGAACAGGGCUGUUCUGCACACAGUUAGCAGCUACCACUGAGCAAACACCUACUGGGCAGCAAAUGCUUUCUAUCUCUUAUCUCACUUUAAAAUGAAUAACCACAACAAUCCAACA